AUGGCUCACCACCACUUGCCUCUGGCGAGCGGAGGCGGCGGUGGCCGGGGGCUGUUCUGCUACCACUGCCCGCCGAGCCUCCCGCCCCACCAGCAUCGGCUUCCAACCCUGGAGUACCCGUUCACGGCUUCACAUCCUUACACAAGCUAUUCGUAUCACCCGGCGAUACACGAUGACACCUUCGUGCGGCGGAAACAGAGGCGCAAUAGAACCACCUUCACUUUGCAGCAGCUGGAAGAACUGGAGACGGCGUUUGCGCAGACACACUAUCCAGAUGUGUUCACGCGAGAGGAUCUAGCUCUAAAGAUCAACCUCACAGAGGCAAGGGUGCAGGUAUGGUUUCAAAAUCGACGUGCGAAAUGGCGAAAAGCGGAGCGGUUAAAGGAAGAACAAAGGAAACGGGAAGGAGCUGAAGUGAUGGCAAAACGGGAUCCUAGUGAUGAUAAGAACUCUUCCGAAUGCAUGUCACGCGGUUCAGGCGACGCGUCACCAAUAUCAGGCGUGGCGUCGCCCCGCGCGUCGCCCGUGACGCCGGGCUCACCGCGCCGCUCGCCGCACCGCUCGCCGCACCGCUCGCCGCGCAGAUCGCCGAACAGAUCGCCCAGAUUGGAGAGAUCGGAAGCGAGUUGUCCGUCACCAGCGCCGUCAGUGGGCAGCGCGGGGUCGCGGGACGCGCCGCCGGAACACCGCGCGCCGCACCAUAACAUCUUUUCACCGUUUGACCAGUAA